UUUACCUUAUCAAGGAGGUUCACGUCUUGGAAGCACCUAUGCCAUAUGCACUAUCAAGAAUUAGGUCAUGACAAAGCUCGCCAGACUCCACCCGAAAACAUCAACAUUGAUGAUUGGACUCGUUUGUGUGAUCAUUUUGAAAGUGCUGAAUUCAAGCGGCAGAGUGUAGCCAACAAACAAAACAAGGGUAAGCAGACAUAUGCUCAUACUACAGGUGGAAAGUCGUGCAGCCAGCGGAUGUUUGAAAUUGAAAAAGCAAAACAUGCAGCUGCCGAUGCCACUACUGAAAACAAUGAUGAUUCUGGGGAGGUG